CUCACGCCGCGGAGAACUACAACUCCUAGCAGCCUCGCGGAGAGCGAGGCGAGGGGGCUCGGGUCACGUGGGCGCCGGGCCUGGGCGGGCUAGUGCUCAGUGCGGCGGCGGCGGCGGCUGUGGCGGCGGCGGCGGCUCGGGGGACCGGGGCCUUUUGUUUGGAGCGGCUGCGGGGGGCCACGGAGCGGAGAGGCCCGCGGCCUUCCCCAGCUCGCUGGGUCCCGGCCGCCCCUUGCGGGGUUGCGGGGCCGCCCCGUGGGCCGCCCGUCGCCUCAGGCUCCGCCGCCCCGCCCUAGGCCCGCCCCGCCCGGCCUGAGGGGAGGAACCGGCCGGGCCUCGCCGCGCGGCCCAGCCAGCUCCGGAGUAUUCUUCGCUGCUCUUCGCUGAGCUCUACACCCAAGGCUACCCUCCUCGCGCCUUAGGCCGACGCCAUGAAGAUCAAGGAUGCCAAAAAACCCUCUUUCCCAUGGUUUGGCAUGGACAUUGGGGGAACUCUGGUAAAGCUCUCAUAUUUUGAACCUAUCGAUAUCACAGCAGAGGAAGAACAAGAGGAAGUUGAGAGCUUAAAAAGCAUUCGGAAAUAUUUGACUUCUAACGUAGCAUAUGGAUCAACUGGCAUUCGGGAUGUACACCUUGAACUGAAGGACUUAACGCUUUUUGGACGAAGAGGGAACUUGCACUUUAUCAGAUUUCCAACCCAGGACCUGCCUACUUUUAUCCAAAUGGGAAGAGAUAAAAACUUCUCAACCUUACAAACGGUGCUGAGUGCUACAGGAGGCGGUGCUUACAAGUUUGAGAAAGAUUUUCGCACAAUUGGAAACCUCCACCUGCACAAACUGGAUGAACUUGACUGCCUUGUAAAGGGCUUGCUGUAUAUAGAUUCUGUCAGUUUCAAUGGGCAAGCAGAAUGCUAUUAUUUUGCUAAUGCCUCAGAACCUGAACGAUGCCAAAAGAUGCCUUUUAACCUGGAUGAUCCUUAUCCACUGCUGGUAGUGAAUAUUGGCUCAGGAGUCAGUAUUUUAGCAGUUCAUUCCAAAGACAACUAUAAAAGAGUGACUGGGACAAGCCUUGGAGGAGGUACAUUUCUUGGUUUAUGCAGCUUAUUGACUGGCUGUGAAAGUUUUGAAGAGGCUCUUGAAAUGGCAUCCAAAGGUGACAGCACCCAAGCUGAUAGGCUGGUCCGAGAUAUAUAUGGAGGAGAUUAUGAAAGAUUUGGUCUGCCAGGCUGGGCUGUGGCAUCCAGUUUUGGGAAUAUGAUUUAUAAGGAGAAGCGAGAAACUGUUAGUAAAGAGGAUCUGGCGAGAGCUACUUUAGUUACUAUCACCAAUAACAUUGGUUCUGUGGCACGAAUGUGUGCUGUUAAUGAGAAAAUAAACAGAGUUGUCUUCGUUGGAAACUUUCUACGUGUCAAUACUCUCUCUAUGAAACUUCUGGCAUAUGCUUUGGAUUACUGGUCAAAAGGUCAAUUGAAAGCAUUGUUUCUAGAACAUGAGGGAUACUUUGGAGCCGUUGGUGCACUUCUUGGACUGCCAAAUUUCAGCUAAAACGUCAGAGAACUUUAUGAAGAAAUGUCAUCCAGGAGGAACUGAUCCAGAGACUGUAUUCAUUAUUUGUCACUGGGAACCAAAGGAUAAAAGAGUAACACUAUUUGUGUUGAUUUUAAAUGUCAGAACGGUGGGUGAGCUCAUGAGCUUUGCUGCCUGGAAAGACCUCUGUAAUGGGAAGUAUUCCUCAUUGAUUGUCCCCUGUGUGUAUAUAUAGCCAGCGUUCUAUCUUAUAUGCAAUACAGCUUCUUGAUUGUUGAACUUUUCUCAAAAAAUGAUUUUCUAUUUAUUUGAUGUAGCCAGCAUUGUAGUACUGUAUGUUCAAACACAAAUCUUCAAAUCUCAGAAAUGUUUGCUUAUGCAAAAUAAUUAAUACUAAAUAUUUGUUGAGUCUGUUUUAUAUGUUUGGUUACUAGUGAAGAGGAAGUAACAUACUCUGUAUCAUAAUUUAUUGUACUGGCAAUCAAAGAUGAUCAUUUUCUGUGACUUUAGAAAUGUUAAGGCAAUAUUAAGUAUUAACUAUGGUAGUAGUUUUAUAACAUAUCCUCUUCAACAAAGCAUGUCUCUAUGACGUCUCCCCAUAAGUACAGUUUUCUCUCAGUUGAUGAGUUGAAAUACUGUAUUUAAACAUGAACCUGACUUUUUCUUUUGAAUCCCUGAAAUUUUUUGCACAUAUCUGGUGGCGUUAAGUUUUCUUUAUUUCACACAUCAAUCAGUAUAUGUGUUAAGAUGUUUACUGUUUUAAAAUGGGGUCAUAAUCACAUACUUUGGAAUCUGCCUAAGUCCUCGGACUAUUCAGAUAGAAUUUGGUUAGACUGAGUGACAUUCUGUUCUUUCCCAACUAUGUGUAUCUCAGACUCAGACAUACACAUUUCUUCCUUCUCAUUAAGACACAUAUGAAAGCUGAUUUUUAUCCUGCUAUAAACAGCAAAGGGCAGAAUCAGAUGUUGUCUAAAAGGGUAUUUUGAAACUGUGUGACUCUGAGGUAGUAUUGCUGAGUUACAAAUGGAUCAGUAUUUAUGACUUUUGGUCAUAAAAGCAUUGCAGAUCCAAAAUUUGUCUUUGCUUCUGCCUUGGAAUUCUUGUUUUUGAAUUCCUGAUUUUAUAAUGUUAAAUCUCUCAGAUUUUACAUUUGCAGUAACAUUUUAGAGGCCAGUAGUGUGUCAUAAAGUUGAAUCUGUAAGGGAAAUGGACCUGUAUUAAUUACCAAUAUUUCUGGAAAUAACCUUAAAGAGGUUAGAGAUUGUCUACACUUCAAAUAGUAUUUCAGUGUGGUUUCUGAGACCCUAGUGUUCUGUAGUAAGAAGUUUCCACCAGACUGUCAGGAGGUGCUUGAUAAGACAGAUCUCCAUGUAGUUUUCAGAUUUUUUGUGCAGGUAUUUAAAAUUCAGUUUUCUUCACCUAAAGAUAUGAACAUACAAAUAGUAUUUGGGGAGUGUUUGAAGAUAGUGUUUGCCCAGUAGACUGCUUGAAACUUUGAAAUCAGCCCACUCAGACAUUGAAGUCUACCAUGAUGUCUUUGUCAGUGUUUGCCAGAGCAGUGGCCAGUUCCAGCUAGAAUGCCACUGCUUCCUUUAUUAUAAAGGUUUUGACUCAAGUGUUUAUGCAGAUAAUAAAAUAAUUAAAUGAUAGAAA